GGCAAACGACGACCUGCAAGGUGAAAGCAAUUGAAUUGGACAAAGAUUCCACAGUGAUCACUCCAGUCUCUCGUUGGCACGCUUACCUCGUCUAGCUUUUUACGAUAUAAGAAGACUUGUGUGUUUUUAUUAAUUUUGCGCCUAAAUUAUGGUUAAAUGUGAAAUAUAGAAUCUGCUUGCCAUAUUUGAUUUGAUAUAUAAAGACAAGGUGUGUGCGUGACCUGAUGCUAUCAAUAAUCUAUCGCAUCAUCAUCGCACAAAAAUGAUUUGGAUACUCGUGAUCGGGACGGUGAACAUCUUUCUCGUUAUGUUGUUUUUGUACAUGCACAAAACAGCCCAAUGUCCUACUGGUCAAGGUAUGCACGGUCGGACAGUAAUUAUUACCGGCGGCAGUAGCGGGAUCGGACUUGAAGUAGCCAAGGAAGUAGCACGUCGACGAGCUCGCGUUAUUAUUGCAUCGCGAAGCAAACAGCGCUCCGAAGAAGCCGUACUUGAAGUGAUCCGUGAAACCGGAUGGUCCGACGUACGAUCGGUUAAACUAGACCUCAGUUCUUUCAAAUCUGUUCGUGACUGUGCCACUAAGCUUAUCAACACGGAAUCUCACAUUGAUGUUCUUAUCAAUAACGCGGCGUACGUCUCAUACGGAGGUGAUGUCCAACUCACAGAGGACGGUCUUGAGCUACAGUAUCAAACAAAUUUUUUUGGACAUUUUCUUCUCAGCUGCCUUCUCCUUCCAGCUCUACUUAAGAGUUAUAGUCCGCGUAUCGUCAAUGUAUCAUCCGUUCUCUAUAAACUAGGGCGGAUCGAUUUUGAUAAUUUUGACCAGAGUAAAUAUCGUGAGCUGGCCAUACAGACUUAUUCAAAUACAAAGCUCGCUAUCGUCAUGGUAACUCGCGAAUUGGCGGCUAGGUAUGGAAACCGCGGACUUGGCGUCUUCUCAUGCACCCCAGGAACUUGCUCUACAAACAUCGCACGGAACUUUCCCUGGUAUAUUCGUUAUACUGUUGGAAAGGUAUCGUCCCUUUUCACAAGAAGCGCGGCAGAGGGUGCACAGACUAUCGUUUACUUGGCAGUCACCCCGACGUUGAGUAAUAGUCGGCACAAUGGCCAGUACUUCGUCGAUUGUGAACUAGAGCCUCUGCUCGCUUCCGCUAAAAAUGAGGCGAUUUCUGCGAAGCUGUUCGCGGUUAGUGAGAGACUCACUGGAGCAGACUUCAGCAGUAUAUGAAUCCAUGCCAAACUAUCGGCACUUAGCGUACACCAGAUCCAAACUCUCAAGUUAUUCUUGCGUUGUGAUUUACGGCUUCUUAAGUAAAUUAAAAAUAUUAGCUGAAUAUUGCGAUAAUUAAAGCUUGAAAAGCCUCUGGGUGAAGAGGUUUAUAGUAAAACACUUAGCUCCAUUCGUCGGUUGUACCGAUCCCAACAUUUUUCAUGCAUCCUUAUAUGACAUUAUCAGGCUAUCGUUUACUUAUAAAGGAUCAACUCCAAAUUGUCUGCCAAUAUAGCGAAACGGAUUAGCAUAUAACAUAAUAGUCCGGAGGGAGCUUCUAUAUUCCUGUGAAAACAAUGCAAAAUGUGUUUAUAUUAUUCGUAUGGCAUCAUGCAUGCUAUGCCUUCGAAAGUCGUUGACGCUAUGCAGAAGUUGGCAAAGCCAUUUUGCGUUUGAUAGCAUUCGUACAAAUGCAAAAGAAAAACAAUUCAAAUAAAAUUAAACCAACCAUCACUGUAAGAAAUGAGAGACUCUAGCAAACUGAGCAAGCUCAAGUUUUAUUACUUCAGUUUCAUACGGACUGAGAAAAAAGUGCAAAGUAUUUCAUUGUUAUUAUGAUAUCAUGCUAUUUAUUAGUUGCGACAUUACAGAGAGAUAAAAUAUCUUCCUCUAAAUAAAUAUCUAGACGUUAUUCGUCUUCAAGUGGCCGAAACCGCCAACAUAAAUCGCUACGCGGCAGAAAACGAAUCAGGGCGGCUGCCAUCCGGAAGAUAUGUGUAUAUAAUAUCGGUCACCCUAACUUGUACGCCUACGCUACCUUCUAAUGACCUUUCGGUCUUGGAUCCAUUUGCGACAGAUAAUCACUGGCCGUCUAUGAGUGAAACUACAUGGAUAAACAUAUUGGCUGGUUUACAUGAGCACAUCAAAGCACAUAAAACUGGUGGCUUGACCGUCUUUUAAACGUCUAAGCUACUGCCGCAACGACUAGUGGUUAAUCAUAAAUACUCUAUGGCAAAACACUAUAUUACGAUACCUAACACCUUGAAUUAAGCUACACACUGUCGGAGCUUGUUUUGUGGUUACGUAUCGUCUACGCCACAGCAGUACAAAACAAGAUGUUUAAAGUACCCAGCCGAAUGGUAGUUGCAGGCCAAGACCGUCUAAGGCUACACAUGUUACGCUUAGCUAUUUUGUUGAAUGGUUACGUCUCAGAAAGCCAAUCUACUAUAGGGCUUUGUUGCUGUGGGUAUUGUUAAUGAGAUAAAGAAAAAGAGGUAUAUAUCAUCGAAGAAGCAAUUAGCAGUUGCAUCAUUCUUUAUAGCUCACGUUUUUCAAGUACAAUAGGAUAGAUAUUGAGCUUCGUUUUUUGUUUAAAAUUAGUAUGUGAGUAGGCCCAGUGCUCUUUCAAUCGUUCGCCAAGAGAUAACAAAACCUGCUGACAUUUAGUUAGAAUAUGUACGUAGGUAUGCACAUAUAAGCAGACUAAAAAGGGAUAUGUACCUUUUUAAUAAUGUACGUAAAUCAAUGCAGCCAAAUUAAUAAAGGAUGGAGAUAGGCUUU